CUGAAGAAGGAUACGUUUUUAUGUCAGAUUUGAAUGAUCCCUUUAUCGUUUGUCCUGUCAGUGUUUGUCCAUGCCGGUGAUCCGAGCUUGUCCAAUUUAUAAUUAUACCCUUAAUUUUAAUUUAAUUUUAAAAUUCCAUGGUGCAAAAUGGAUACGAAGUCAGAAAGAAAAAUAAACUACAGGGUAUUACAAGCUAUAGCAAAGAGGAUGAGAUUGCCAGGUAACUUGAAAUACCACUUGUUGGCUGAAAUUAUUGAAGCAAGAAGGACCGGCAAAGAAUACAUUGUUGACAAAAUACUUGCUGAACAAAAAAUGGAGCGUGUUCGGAGAAAAAAUGAAAAGAUGGAAGCAAGAGAAGCUGCAUACCAACAUCUGCGCCUUACUCAGGAUAGAAAACCUGUUGGAAAAUCAAGGAAAUCAAUUAUUCAAAACCAAACUACGUCUUCAGGAGAUUCAUCGUGGCCAGCAACGAGCUCACUUCAGAAUACUAACAUACGUUCAUUGCUCUCAAUGCCCGUUGAAUCAUUCCAGGAGCUGUUAAAGAAAUCGAAAGAACAAGAAAUGUUAAGAGCUCGAGACAUACGUGUUGAGAGGCCAUAUUACUAUAAUCAGCUUCCUGAAAAUAAUAUUCAACAAAAAUUCAUUAUUCCCGAGCAGAAUAUUAAUUUUAUUCAAGAUACUUUUCCUUCAAUGACGGAUAACUGCACUGAUUUCAGGAAUAACACACAUAGUAGUUCACAGUGUCAGUAUACAAAUAAAAACUUGUUUGCGCCUUAUUCUAAUAAUGACUUUUUGGAUGGUUCAAUCACAUCUUUAGACCAAAUAAAUCAAGAAGGAAAAAAAAGUUCUUUUCAGGUGAAAGACAUUUUGGCGCAGAAUGAUCUAAAUUGGUCUCUUAACUACAAUCAAGGCUAUUGUAAUAAUUCCCUUGAUCUGAGUCAGAAUCCAUCUGAUCUCUCUAAUGUUACUUCAUUUCAGCAAGAACCUUUUCUUCCUCACUAUUCACAAUAUUUAAAUAGUAAUGAGUAUUGGAAAAAUAUGUAUGAAAUCAAUCAUGAUAACUACAGGCGACGGUAUUUGGAUUACUCAAAUUUUCAUGGAAAUCCUAGCUCAUUUCCAGAACCUGUUAUAAGUCCAAAUUCAGACACAGUAAGUGCUGUUGAUGAGGAUUUGACAGCUUCUGAACAGCAGGAAAAUAUGAUUCAAGACUUCAGAAACAAUAAUCAUCCUUUUGCAUUACCCCAACAUUACUUUGGCAACACUGAAAAUCAGCAAAAUCAAGAGUGUCAGGAUCUGAUCAUUCCGGAAGUAAUUGAUUGUCAGCCGAUUGUCAAUGAAAAUCAUAUUCAAGACAGCCUGACGCCUCUGGAAAGGAUAUUCAUUGCAAAUGGUUUUGGAAAAAUGGAAAAACUCAUGAACGACAGGAUGUUUGCUACUUGAGUGUUAUUGACCACCAAGAAUGGACCUGUGAAUUCACGACUGCAAUGCAAUCCAAUUAUAUUCACAGCGUUUCUUCUCACUCUUAUGUACAGCUGAAUUAAAGAAAUUCACCAGUGAAAAACAGAAUUAUUCUACUUAUAUAAAAUAUGUUAUUGAAUUUUAAGAGGAGUAUAAUGGUUGUUAUGAUAAAAUAAUUUUUGUUUCACUUUUUAAAAAGUUUAAUAUUUUAUUUAUAGACAUUUUUUGUCAUUGUUUUGAAAAGAAAUCAAAGUAACUUUAUUUUUGUUAUUUUAUUUAAAAAAUUCAAUUUUAUAACACUAUUGAUUAUUGUAUUUAUGUAAUUAACAUUUAUAUAAUUAUUAUGGCAAACUGCUAAUUGAAGUGGUUUAAAAACAUUAAAAUGUUGUACUUAUUUUUAAUAUUAUCAGUUAAGGUUUUGUUUAAAUUAUUUGUGCAAUAAAGUAAUGAUUUAAUUUAGUGAAUUUAGAAUAUUUGUUUUAUAUUAAUAAAUUUGGGAACAUUAAAAAU